AUGGACCUCGAACAACGUAUCAAGGCCUACCGCUUCGUCGCCUACUCGGCCGUCGCCUUCUCCGUCGUCGCCGUCAUCUCGGUAAGUUUCAGAAGCUCUCCGCAGCUCGAUCGGAUUCCAAUGUUCACCUUUUCAGGUGUGCGUCACCCUCCCAAUGGUGUACAACUAUGUCCACCAUGUGAAGAGAACGAUGCACUCUGAGAUCAACUUCUGCAAGGGAUCCGCCAAGGACAUCUGGAGCGAGGUCAACCACCUGAAGGCUAUCCCAGCCGGAAACCGUACCGCCCGUCAAGCUGGAUACGAUGCUGGAGUCACCGGAGGAUCCGCCUCUGCCGGAGGAGGAUGCGACGCUUGCUGCCUUCCAGGAGCCGCCGGACCAGCCGGAACCCCAGGAAAGCCAGGACGUCCAGGAAAGCCAGGAGCGCCAGGACUCCCAGGAAACCCAGGACGCCCACCACAGCAGCCAUGCGAGCCAGUCACCCCACCACCAUGCAAGCCAUGCCCAGCCGGACCAGCCGGACCACCAGGACCACCAGGACCAGCCGGAGAUGCCGGAUCUAACGGAAACCCAGGAGCCCCAGGAAACGACGGACAGCCAGGAGCCCCAGGAAACAAGGGACCAUCUGGACCAAACGGAAACCCAGGAGCCCCAGGAGCCCCAGGACAGCCAGGACAGGAUGCUCCAUCUGAGCCAAUCACUCCAGGAGCACCAGGACCAGCUGGACCAGCCGGACCACAGGGACCACCAGGAGCCCCAGGACAGCCAGGACACGACGGACAGCCAGGAGCCCCAGGACCAAAGGGACCAAACGGAAACCCAGGAGCCCCAGGAGCCGACGGAAACCCAGGAGCCCCAGGACAGUCCGGAACUCCAGGAGGUGCCGGAGAGAAGGGAAUCUGCCCCAAGUACUGCGCCAUCGACGGAGGAGUCUUCUUCGAGGACGGAACCCGCCGUUAA